CGGAUUUUCGCCGGAUUCUGUCAAAUUGGUGUACCAUUCGUAGAAUCAUUGUUUACUUUUGCAGUUUUUUUUAUCUUGUUUGGUGUGUUUGGGAUUCGAACUGGUCGUGGUUUCCGAUCAUCCUACGCAGUUCCUCUCGCGUUACUUACGUACUGGACCAAAGCUAAGAAGUGCUCGCGAGUGACUCGAAGUCAAUAAUGUUCUGUACUUGGUUUAAAAGUGGAUGAGCAGACGGAAAACAUGAAAAUCAGAGCAACAUUUGUGAAUACAUCAAGGACCUCCUUUUGGUUUGGCCGUCAUGGGCUGCCCUCGUACUCCGGCUCCGGUAAGAAACGCCAGCUUUCUUAUGUCCGCGGCAGCUGUUCUGGAGACCCCCACGCUGCUAAGGAAACCAUCCCCCACAAAUGCCAACAGUAGUGGCUGCAACGGUAAGGAGAACUCUGUGAGCUAUGGUACUCCCGCCGCCGUCCUCCAACCGCCAUCGGCUGCCUCGACCGCGGCGAUGCAGUUCCUGAUGUUCAACCAGCAGCGGAGUAUGGUGGAGAAAGCUGGAAUGCCGUCAAGCUCUUCCGGUUUUAACUUUGCUAUUCCAAGCAUUCCAGACAGUACCACAACGGUGACCACUCGCAUCAUAGAGAACCUGCAAAUCUCUAGUAGCGACACAUCGCUCAAAAGGAAACACGAGGAGGGCCAGGUCUCGAUUUUGAAACACCCCAAGCGUAAUGAGAAGCGGGUGCAAUUCGAACCACUUCCGCUGAGACCUCGAAAUGAAAGAAAUGGCAAUAAGUGGACUUCAAAAGCAGUUCCUGCUAUAACUGCUGGUCCAUCGAAGCAAAAACCUCCGUCGUCUGACCAUCCGACCAAACCAGACGCAAAAAAGCUACGCGUCCUCACCGGAACGAUCGAGCACAUUAUGAAACUGACGAAGUCCAACGCGGAGGCAUCCCCGCUGGUGGAAGUGUUUGCCAAUGUGCUCAGCAUUAAGGCCGGAUCGUACGAGUGCGAGAAGAUGCUGCUGCUGCGGAACCGAACCGGUGGACCGGUCAUGCAGGGCGUUUUCUACGAGAUCGACUUCCGGAUGCCGGCGGUCAGUGUUGGGGAUCUGGUGCGAUGUGUGGGUCGGCUUUCCGGAGGCAGUCGACUGCAGAUUCUGAAGUUGACGCUGGCCAGCCCGGAAGAGGAACGGAUGGGCCAUCGAUUGCAGACGGUAAGUGGAUUCGUGGUGGCGGUUAAACGGUAGAACAAUUGGGGUACAUUUUAAUUAACCAGCUGAAUUCCUGGUUUUAUUUUGUGGGAGCGAAUUAUUCGUAUUAAAU